UCUCAGCGAUCAAGACGUCCGGUCGGGUCACCAGUCUCUGCACACACACAACACAACCAACACCCUGCAUGCGUGUGUCCUGCGCCGCAUAGCACACCUGUCGCACACACACAGUCUCCGAUAAGAACCCCUGCUCGUUCUAUCCGCUCGUUCACACAAGACACCAACACUCACAGCUGCACAGCCAGAAUGAGAACCACGUUCCUUAUACCCACCCUCGUGUCCCUGCUCUCACACAUACACGGCGCAGACGCCACGGGCCAGAGAGUCGGCUGUUUCGGCUCGGUGCCGUCGUCCUACGUGUCCCAGGGCACCAACAUCUACCAGUCGUCGGACAAGUGCAGCAGCGCCUGCUCCAGCUACGACUUCUUCGCCAUGACGCAGGGCAACGAGUGCUACUGCGGCUCGUCGUACCCGAGCUCCGUCGACGGAUCAAACGCCUGCUCCGUCGCCUGCGUGGGCUACCCGGCGGAAAACUGCGGCGGCUCCUCUGCGUUCGUCGUGAUGGCACAAGCCGGCGUCGACCUGAGCUCCUACUCGAACGCUGCGUCCUCCUCCUCCGCCGCCUCGUCCGAGUCGCCCUCUUCUUCCUCCUCUUCCUCCACUCCAGCAUCCUCCUCUCUCUCUCCAUCCACCACCGUCUCCUCCGCUUCCUCCUCCGCAUCCUCAAGAAGAUUAAGUGACGGAAGUUUGGCAGAUGCAACGGAUUACGCUAAAAAGGUUCUACGUGUGGCAAACCCUGACGAUGAGCAAUCAGUUUACAAUCACCACUAACGCCUUAUGCCCAUACUCCAACCCAUCUUGUCAUCUUACUUCUCUACUUUAAUCUAUUCUUUUCCCACUCAUUACUCUUUUUCAUAUAUAUACUACCUUUAGUUCUCCGCUACUUCCUUUUUUUUUUCUCUCCUCUUCUUCCUAUUGUUUGUUUUCUGCUUCUUCUGAUGAUUUUUCUCAUCUUGUCAUCUUCUU